AUGUUGCAUCUGUUGAUAUUACUCUCGUUGCUUUCUUUUGCUCAUUCAAUUACCAUUGGCAAAAUUGCUAAUAACCUAAUGAUUGGAUAUGGGCAAGUUACUCUGAUGAGUGUUUCUCAAGAUCAAUGCAUAUGCGCAAUGCUGCAAUCAAAUACAUUUGCUUUAAACUAUUAUAAUAACAACAAUACGUGCACUUUGCUCAGUUAUAAUGGAAGUUCAAUUUUGCUGCAAUCUAGUAAUAACACUUUGUUUGUAUUUAUCAAUCAAUCCUCAGCUUUGGUUAAAGAUAUUAAAUUGAAUGGUCCAACUUCGCCUUUAAUCGAUGCGUUUUGGUCUUUCGAUAACACGUCCUACGACAGAGAUUUCAACUAUAAUUCGACACUCAACAAUGCAUCCUUCUGUCCAUCUUCCAUCACUGGACACGGCUCUGCACUAUGCUUCAAUGCUAGCCAAAAACAAGUACUUUCCAUUAAUCCUAACAAUCAUCUCAAUCUUUCAUUCACAAGUUUUACAUUUCACUAUUGGAUCUAUCUCUAUUCAACAGUUAGCAACGAUCAAGGAAUGAUUGGACAAUGUCAAUCAAUCAACCUCAACCAAUGCUUACAUUUGACAAUACGAGACAGCAAAGCUCGAAUUAGUUUUUACGGCAAUAUCUGCACCGGUAACACAACUGUCAAAAAUCAGACAUGGUAUCAUUUGGCAUAUGUCUAUGAUUAUUCACGUGCUACACAGCUCGUUUAUUUGAAUGGUAUGCUCGAUUGUAUCCAACAAGGUACAAGUACACCUCUCGCAAUCACCAAUCCUAGUUCUAUUCCACUGACGAUCGGCUACACGGCUCCAUUUACUCGAUACUAUUUCGAUGGUGUCAUCGAUCAUCUGACACUUGUUCAAUGGCCGAAGAAUGCCUCUGAGAUUCUCGAACAAGCAACACUUGUUGCGCACUAUGACUUUGAUGAUUCUUCUAUCGGUGAUCACGGACCGAGCGGAAUAUCUUCACUCACUUCCAAUACUACACUUGCCAACAACUCUCUUCUCUUCAAUUCAACCUCAUCCUAUUUUCAGUCAUCUGCUUUUGUCCUUCUCGCAAUCGGCAAUCGUUCCUACUCGUUGUGUCUUUGGCUUAAGCCAUUUCGAACAAACAAUAUCACGAUCUUACAUGUCUAUCAACUAAAUCAGACCAACAGUGUCAAAUGGUGUUCCAUUCGUGUGUCACUCAAUCAGCAAAGUCAACUUCGAGUGCAAGCUCGAUCAUCCACCGGGGUGGUCACUCUCCUAGGUCCUUCGAUCGGUACCAAUGUUUGGACACAUGUUGUUCAAACUUAUUCGUCGAUCAACGGUAUUCAGCUGUACAUCAAUGGUACGUUCUAUAAUAAAUCAUCAUCGUCUGACUAUCAAGGUGGAUCAAAGCCAGUGACAAUUCAACUGGGAGGAAGCUUAUCGAACGGUACGAAUGGAUCAUGCUUUGAUUGGACAAUCGAUGACGACGAAUAUGAAGGAUGGAUGGAUGAAUUUCGUGUUUAUUCAAGAGAAGUGACAUCGAAUGAGGUUCAAGCAUUAUCAAUCAGAACAUGA